CGAUCCUAUCGUCCCCAAUUUCUUCUGCUCCACCUAAAUAGAUCCGUAGCCGUAGCCUAGGCGCGCACAUUGCAGAAAGAUCGAGCGGAAGGUCGGCAGCAGGCGCAUAGAUGCAGGGGUGAGGGCACGGGCGGCAGCGCUUGACGGGCGACGAGUAAACCCUAACGCUUUGAUUGCGGGCGGCGUCGUCUGAGCCAGUCCCGAGUCGAUACGCUGUCAUGCCUGUCAAUCCUCCUCCGCCACCUCCUGGGUCGUCGUCUUUGGCUCCGGCGGGGGCCAGCUACUUCCCGCUCCCUUUCCACCUGCAGCAGCACCAGCCGCCGCCGCCGCAGGUGCCGCCGCCUAUGGCGGCGAGCAGCUAUCAGCAGUAUCAGCAACAGCUGCAUCAGGCCCAUCAGCUCUUCCAGCGGGACGCGCAGACCAUAACCCCCGAAGCGCUGCAGAGCGUCAAGGCUGCCCUCGCCACCAGCGACGUCCUCGACCCCGUCGCCGCCGCCAACGCCAGGCUCUCCGAUCCCUCUACCAGCAAGAAGCCCAUCCCCCGUCGCGCUGCCGGACAAUCCUGGGAGGAUCCUACCCUCACUGAAUGGCCCGAAAACGACUACCGGCUGUUCUGUGGAGAUCUAGGCAACGAAGUUAAUGAUGAUGUUCUCUCCAAAGCAUUUUCACGGUUUCCAUCCUUCAACAUGGCAAGGGUUGUUAGAGAUAAGAGGACUGGCAAAACUAAAGGCUAUGGAUUUGUGAGCUUUUCAAACCCUACUGAUCUGGCUGCAGCAAUAAAAGAGAUGAAUGGAAAGUAUGUUGGGAACCGCCCUAUUAAAUUGCGUAAGAGUAACUGGAAGGAGAGGACAGAUGUUGAGGCUCUGGAAAGACAAAAGAAUCAUGUCAAGAGGAAGCCUAAAAUUCCCAAGAAGACUAUUCUUCACAAGUAGAGAUACAAAGGCCCUACCGAGGGUGAAUGCCAGCUCAUGUGCUGCCUUGGGAUGAUGCUACCUUCUGGAAUCUCUUUACUCUCUGCAAUGCUCGGGGUGGAAUCACGCAAUGCUCGGGGUGGAAUCACACGCAAGGGCUGUUGUUUAAUGUGUAGUUUGGAAACUUAAAUUCUUUUGGGAUACCUGUCUUUUAUCAGGAUGAGUAACCCAGGGAUAUAAUUUAAAUAAGACAUUUAGUUAUUUAGGAGAUGGUUUCUCUCUCUGGUUUGACUUCCCCUUCCAAACUAGGUCUAAGGCCAUCUUCAGCAGAUCGUGUAAAUGGACGUGUAAAGUACUGUUUUGCAUUGUAUAUUGUAAUAUGAAGUGAGAUAGAGUCUACUGGAGAUAAUCGACUUGUUCGCUUUAAGGUGGAUUGAGGAGGAUUGGAAGGGAUUAAAUUCUCUUCUAUUCAAAUUUGUAUAGGAGAGGAUUUAAUUCUCUCUAAUCCCUCUCAAUCUACCUCUAACCGAAUAAGCCGGGCAACGUGCUGCCUGUUGGUCCCCAUGGUUUAGGCUGGGGUUGUGGGCUUGUGAACAUAGAGUUAGUGUUAAGUGCCACCCG